GAGGAGAGAGCUGCUGAUGUCAGGAGCUUCAGUGCUGCAUUUACUGCUGCAGAGAGGAUGAGCAUCUCCGGAUUCACACAUGCGAGCCCGACGAGCAACAUGCGGACUGUCGCGAUUAUAUCGGCGCUGGUAUUAUGCCUGGCCUCGUUGGGCAACGCGGGGAAAAAGGUUUUUAAAUGUCCUUCCUCGUGUAGCUGCUCCAAGGAGUCUAUUAUCUGCGUCGGGUCUUCGUAUAUCCCCAGAUUCAUUCCCAACGAUGUCAGUUCACUGAGUAUUGUGAAUGGGACCUUCUCUGAGAUCAAGGAGGCGAUGUUCUCACACAUGCCAUCUUUACAGUUACUGUUGCUGAACUCCAAUGCUCUCACCACAAUAAGGGAUGAUGCAUUUUCUGGCCUUCCGCACCUCGAGUACCUGUUUAUAGAAAACAACAAGAUUGAGACAACAUCAAAAUACUCUUUCAGAGGACUUAGGGAUUUGACUCAUCUGUCUUUGGCAAACAACAACAUUAAAGCUUUGCCCAGAGAUCUAUUCAUCGAUCUGGACUCAUUGAUAGAGCUAGACUUGAGGGGCAAUGUCUUUGAGUGUGACUGCCGAGCGAAGUGGCUGAUGAUGUGGCUGAAGAGCACGAACGCUACUGUAUCAGACGUCCUCUGUGCCGGUCCUGAGGAGAUGAAGGGCAAACGGCUCAAUGACAUGGCGAGCUUGCAUAACGAAUGCAUCUCUACAGAUUUCAUUCCUCUUCACUCUGUGUCUACUGAGUCUUUGUCUGUGGACACGUUCUCCCACAAGAACGACGUGUACGUGGCCAUCGCUGCUCCCAACAUAGAGAGCUGCAUGGUGCUCCAAUGGGACCACAUCGAGAUGAACUUCAGGAGUUACGACAACAUCACAGGUCAGUCCAUAGUUGGCUGCAAGUCUGUGAUCAUCCAGAACCAGGUGUUUGGUUUUGAAAACAAGUACAGUGCAACACAUGGUCAAAGAACAGAUGACAGAGAAUAA